CGACGCGCCGGGCACUCCCGCGGGCAGGCGCGCUGGGCGAGCAGGGCGCAAUGUGGGCUGGUGGCGUCUGGCGUGCUGCGCUCUCCGGAGGCCCCCGCGGCCGCCGCGCGCAGUCAGCGCUGGCCCAGCUGCGAGGCAUCCUGGAGGCGGAGCUGGAAGGGAUCCACGGGGCGGGCACCUGGAAGAGUGAGCGGGUCAUCACAUCCCGUCAGGGGCCGCGCAUCCACGUGGACGGUGUCUCCGGAGGAAUCCUUAACUUCUGUGCCAACAACUACCUGGGCUUGAGCAGCCACCCUGAGGUGAUCCAGGCAGGUCUGCAGGCUCUGGAGGAGUUUGGAGCUGGCCUUAGCUCUGUCCGCUUCAUCUGUGGGACCCAGAGCAUCCACAAGAAUCUAGAAGCAAAGUUAGCCCGCUUCCACCAGCGGGAGGACGCCAUCCUCUAUGCCAGCUGUUUUGAUGCCAACGCCGGCCUCUUUGAGGCCCUGCUGACCCCUGAGGACGCAGUCCUGUCAGACGAGCUGAACCAUGCCUCCAUCAUCGACGGCAUCCGUCUGUGCAAGGCCCACAAGUACCGCUAUCGCCACCUGGACAUGGCUGACCUAGAAGCCAAGCUUCAGGAGGCUCAGAAGCAUCGGCUGCGCCUGGUGGCGACCGAUGGAGCGUUUUCCAUGGAUGGUGACAUCGCACCCCUGCAAGAGAUCUGCCACCUCGCCUCUCAAUAUGGUGCCCUGGUCUUUGUGGAUGAAUGCCAUGCCACAGGCUUCCUGGGGCCCACAGGACGGGGCACGGAUGAGCUUCUGGGUGUGAUGGACCAGGUCACCAUCAUCAACUCUACCCUGGGGAAAGCACUGGGUGGAGCAGCAGGGGGCUACACAACAGGGCCUGGACCCCUGGUGUCCCUGCUACGACAGCGUGCCCGGCCCUACCUCUUCUCCAACAGUCUGCCACCUGCUGUUGUUGGCUGUGCUUCCAAGGCCCUGGACCUGCUCAUGGAGAGCAAUGCCAUCGUCCAGUCUAUGGCUGCCAAGACCCAGCGAUUCCGCAGUAAGAUGCAGGCUGCUGGCUUCACCAUCUCGGGAGCCAAUCACCCCAUCUGCCCUGUGAUGCUGGGUGAUGCCCGGCUGGCCUCUUGCAUGGCGGAUGACAUGCUAAAGAGAGGCAUCUUUGUCAUCGGGUUUAGCUACCCAGUGGUCCCCAAGGGCAAGGCUCGGAUCCGGGUACAGAUCUCAGCAGUACACAGUGAAGAAGACAUCGACCGCUGCGUGGAAGCCUUCGUGGAAGUGGGGCGGCUGCACGGGGCACUGCCCUGAGCUGUGGCUAGGGACAAGCAGCGCCAAGGGCCACCUGCCAUCACAGAGACAAAAGAGGUCUUUGACCAGUCCAGACCAGAAGCUCUAAGCCCUGAACCAGAGUCCUAGGGCCAGGUGGGGACGAGGCCUGUGUGCAUGGCUGUGAGUACAAGGAACAAGCAUGAAAACUGGCCGU